AUGCAAGUUGUGGUUCAGCUGAUGGAUUUGAUGAGUAUUCCGAUCUGGCUCAGACAUGAAGACCAUUAUCAUCAGGAUGAAUUUUAUUUACUGAAAUUAUUACAACAAUUAUUGAGAAAACCAAAGAUGAGGACACGACGAGCAUUUUCCAUGAAUUUUGAAAUGACUAAUGUUUUGGGACAAGAUUUUUCUUCAAUACCCGAGAAUGAAAAGACAUAUACACUACAUGGGGAUUUACCUCUUCAUUAUCCUUGUGAAGUUAAAAUUUCAUAUACUCUUUCGUGUUUGCUCAUCAGUAAUUAUGGAGGAAAUUGUAAUGGUAUACUAAUUUUGGAUUUGGAAACCAAGAAGGUAAAAACGAACAUCAAGACCGAUAAGAGCCCUUCAUAUCUAUUCGUUGAGGAACAAUAUAAUGGACACACAGAUGCACUGAUUUUUGUGUGUGAUUCAACUCAUACCGUGUCUAAAUUUGACCUGGGAUCAAUCAUGAGUCCUACUCUUCCUGUUGAAGUAGGAGUAAAAUCCGAGCAUUUUAUUUGGCAAAAUUCGUCCAUUUUGAAUCCAGAAGGAAUUACAGGUUGGAAUUCUCAACUAUUUGUCUGUUGUUCGAGAAGUAACACAAUUAAUGUAUUGAGCUCGAAAACAGGCUUACCUUUAUAUGAAAUUUCUUUACCAUAUUCACCUUAUGGUAUUGAUUUUUCUGUGGAUGCCGAAUAUUUAAUUGUUUCAAGCGAUAAUGAGCAAAGUAUUGUCAUGUUACAACGUACUAUCAGUGGCACUGAUAUCAAAUGGGAGUAUAGGUACAACAAUUUGGACAUUUGUACAAAUUUAAAAGGUCUCGACUUUGCUUAUGCACUCACAGUGGACAAGGCUGCAAAUCAUAUAAUAGUGACUGAUGACCUUAACACGGUAUCUAUUUUUAAUAAUGUUGGUACUUUGCUAAAAAGAUUUACCUCCAAAUACAACAUUAAAAUAGAAUCGCCAUAUGGAGCGUGUGUGAAUGAGCUAACAGGAGAAUUAAUAGUAUGUGAUAAUGGAGAGAGCAGAGUGUUAAUUUUCAAAUAA